CGCCGGCUGAUGGGCUACUUCCGGAUCGGGAAGCAGUGACUUGGGACGCUGGCCGGGGAGGUUGUGAACGAGUCCACCGCCCGUGCGCGCGGCAGGCAAUGCUGGGGGUCGGUUCCGGGGAUGGGGAGCGCGACGCGGACGACGACGCGGCAGGGGCGGGCGCUGGGCCCCCGGACAUCGACUUCCCCGCCGAGGGUUCGGACCCCAAGUAUGACGAGUCUGAUGUUCCAGCAGAGCUCCAAGUGUUAAAAGAACCCCUUCAGCAGCCUACUUUUCCUUUUGUAGUGGCAAACCAGCUAUUGCUUGUCUCCCUGCUAGAGCACUUGAGCCAUGUGCAUGAGCCAAAUCCACUUCAUUCAAAACAAGUGUUUAAAUUGCUCUGCCAGACGUUUAUCAAGAUGGGGCUGCUGUCUUCUUUCACCUGUAGUGAUGAGUUUAGCUCACUGCGACUACAUCACAAUAGAGCCAUCACUCAUUUAAUGAGGUCUGCCAAAGAGAGGGUUCGUCAGGAUCCUUGUGAAGAUAAUUCUUACAUGCAAAAAAUCAGAUCUAGGGAGACAGGCUUCGAAGCACAGACAUCACGCUACUUAAAUGAGUUUGAAGAGCUGGCGAUCUUGGGAAAAGGAGGAUAUGGGAGCGUAUACAAGGUCCGGAACAAAUUAGAUGGUCAACAUUAUGCAAUUAAGAAAAUCCUGAUUAAAGGUGCAACUAAAAGAGACUGCAUGAAGGUGCUACGAGAGGUAAAAGUUCUGGCAGGUCUUCAGCAUCCUAAUAUUGUUGGCUAUCACACUGCAUGGAUAGAGCAUGUUCAUGUGGUCAGGCCACAAGCAGACAGAGUUCCCAUUCAGCUGCCCUCUCUUGAAAUGCUGUCAGAGCAGGAAGGGGACAGAGAUCAAUAUGGCAUUAAAGAUAAUGAAAGCAGCUUGUCCAUUAUCUUUGCUGAGCUCACAUCAGAGAAAGAAAAGGCCUUUAGUGAAUCCAACGUUAAAAAUCAGAGUAACAACUUGGUGAGCUACACCACUGAUUUAGUCAUCAGGGACAACAGUGAAUUGGAAUCGUCCCUUGAUCUCCAAGAAAAUAGCUUGGCUGAUAGGUCUGCCAGAUCAGUUGUCAAGCAUCACCUGCUGCCAGGGCAUGACUCGGACCCAGAAGGGAAUUUCUCAUUCACUGAGGAGUCUUCUGAAGACAACUUGAACCUGCUGGGGCAGACAGAGGUCCGGUACCACCUGAUGUUGCACAUCCAGAUGCAGCUGUGUGAACUCUCCCUGUGGGACUGGAUAGCUGAGAGGAACAAUCGGAGCCAGGAGUAUGUGGAUGAAGCUGCCUGUCCUUAUGUUAUGGCCAGUGUUGCAACAAAAAUUUUUCAAGAAUUGGUGGAAGGUGUAUUUUAUAUACAUGACAUGGGCAUUGUCCACAGAGACCUGAAGCCUAGAAAUAUAUUUCUUCAUGGCCCUGACCAGCAAGUGAAAAUAGGAGAUUUUGGUCUGGCCUGCACAGACAUCAUUCAGAACGCAGAUUGGACCAACAGAAGUAGCAAGGGAACACCAACACACACAUCCAGAGUGGGGACCUGUCUGUAUGCAUCACCUGAGCAGUUGGAAGGAUCUGAGUAUGAUGCCAAGUCAGAUAUGUAUAGCUUGGGUGUGAUCCUGCUGGAGCUCUUCCAGCCAUUCCGAACAGAAAUGGAGCGGGCAUCUGUUUUAACUAGUGUAAGGACUGGUCGGAUACCUGACUCCCUCAGUAAAAGGUGUCCGGUGCAAGCCAAGUAUAUCCAGCUCCUAACUGAGAGGAAUGCAUCCCGGAGACUGUCUGCUCUUCAGCUGCUGCAGAGCGAUCUUUUCCAAACACCUGGAAAUGUUAAUCUUGCACUGCAGAUGAAGAUAAUUGAGCAAGAAAAGGAAAUUGAAGAACUAAAGAAGCAACUAAGCCUUCUUUCUCAGGACAAAGGGGUGAAGGGAUGAGAAGGGGGGGGUCUGCCUGUGUAGCCUGAUUAGGCUAUGUCAGUCAUGAAAGUGGACUUAUACUCUUAGAAUAAUAAACUGGAAUGUAAAUUUUCUCUUUA